AGCACAGCUUCCGGGUCGGGCUUCGGAGUGGCGGCCGGCUCUCGCUUCCACUCGCUCGGGUGUGCGGGAGACUAUGGCGUCCUCCUCGGUCCCUGCCGCCACCGCACCCGCGGCAGCUGGAGGCCCCGGCCCGGGCUUCGGCUUCGCCUCCAAAACCAAGAAGAAGCACUUCGUGCAGCAGAAAGUGAAGGUGUUCCGGGCCGCCGACCCACUGGUGGGCGUGUUUUUGUGGGGCGUCGCCCACUCGAUCAAUGAACUCAGCCAGGUUCCUCCUCCAGUCAUGCUGCUGCCAGAUGACUUCAAGGCUAGCUCUAAGAUCAAGGUCAACAAUCACCUUUUCCACAGAGAAAACCUUCCCAGCCAUUUCAAGUUCAAGGAGUACUGCCCACAGGUCUUCAGGAACCUCCGUGAUCGAUUUGGCAUUGAUGAUCAGGAUUACUUGGUGUCCCUUACUCGAAGCCCCCCAAGUGAAAGUGAAGGCAGUGAUGGUAGAUUCCUUAUCUCCUAUGACCGCACUCUAGUCAUCAAAGAAGUGUCCAGUGAAGACAUUGCUGACAUGCACAGCAACCUCUCCAACUACCACCAGUACAUAGUGAAGUGCCAUGGCAGCACGCUUCUGCCGCAGUUUCUGGGCAUGUACAGAGUCAGCGUGGAGAGUGAAGACAGCUACAUGCUUGUGAUGCGCAACAUGUUUAGCCAUCGCCUCCCCGUGCACAGGAAGUACGACCUCAAGGGCUCUCUCGUGUCCCGGGAAGCCAGCGAUAAGGAAAAGGUUAAAGAGCUGCCUACUCUGAAGGAUAUGGACUUCCUUAACAAGAACCAGAAAGUGUAUAUUGGUGAAGAGGAGAAGAAAGUAUUUCUGGAGAAGCUGAAGCGAGAUGUGGAGUUUCUAGUGCAGCUGAAGAUCAUGGACUACAGCCUUCUGCUGGGCAUCCACGACAUCAUCCGUGGCUCUGAGCUGGAGGAAGAGGGGCCUGUGCGGGAGGACGAGUCAGAGUGGGAUGGGGACUGUAACCUGACUGGCCCCCCUGCUCUGGUGGGCUCCUAUGGUACCUCCCCUGAGGGCAUUGGAGGCUACAUUCAUUCCCACCGGCCCCUGGGCCCAGGAGAAUUUGAGUCCUUCAUUGACGUCUAUGCCAUCCGGAGUGCCGAGGGGGCCCCCCAGAAGGAGGUGUAUUUCAUGGGCCUCAUUGACAUUCUGACACAGUACGAUGCCAAGAAGAAAGCAGCUCAUGCAGCAAAGACUGUCAAGCAUGGGGCGGGGGCUGAGAUCUCCACUGUCCAUCCCGAACAGUAUGCUAAGAGAUUCCUGGAUUUUAUUGCCAACAUCUUUGCCUAAGAGACUGCGUGGCUCCGUGGUGAUUGCUGAUUUAUGUUGAAGGUGGCGGGUUCUGAGAGGCUUAGGGGAGCUGGAUUUGCCCACUACUUCUCUUUGCUAAAUUCAGGCUGCAGGCUUUUUCCAUCCAGAUAACUUCAUCUUGGUGGAUAGGCUUUUCCUGCCCCAGAAAUACACUGUCCUUUCUCCUUUGUCCAUUUUUCUGUCCUCUGUCCUUGCUACCAUAAGCCCUCUUGCUUCAUUAGAGUGUUAUUGUUGACUCUCCUAAGUGCCUUGAUCUUUGAAAAAUAUCUUGUUUCUAUGAACUAGGAGGAGCUGGGGGUAGGGGUUGUUUGCCAUCUUCAAGACGUGACUGGACAGUGGACAUGGCGCAAGCAACUACCCAGGAUGUCCUUUGCUGUGUGGAAGAAACUGAAUGUCUGCAUUUUGCUGAUACCUUUAUAGGGCUCUUUGUGGCAUGCUCCCUUCCUGGUAGGCCCUGGAAUGGAGGGCUCUCAGGAUACUCCAGAUGUGGGUGCAGGCAUUCCCACAUGAAAGAUCUGGUGGAGGUGAGGUGGGGCGUGGUCAGCAGGCUGGUACCUCACAGAGGCAGGACCUAAGUGGACUUUUGUGACUAUACAGAGAAUGGAGAAGGUUCCUGUCAACCAUUGACGGCUCUCCGUUCUCUUCUUCUACCCCACCCCACUUUCACUCUAGCCACGAGUACUUGUGUAUGCAGGAGCCCAGAGAACAGAUGUGUCCAGCCUAGGUGCAGGUGUGAGACUUCUGCUGCACUGCCCCAGAACCCUUCGACUUGGGGGAGUGUGCUGGCCAGGCCGGAGGGCAGGCUCAUUCCCCAUGUGAAGUUUCCUUCCUGGCCAGUUACUCCCAAGGUUCCUUUCUAGCAGAAGGGAAUAGCUCUAUCAGGGCCAGUUUCCAUAAUUUCCAGAGGAUAAGGAUCUUGAGUGUGGGAACCUCCCCAUCCUCUGGACACAUAUAUGCAGCACACUUUGUCCCCCUUCUCAAACCCUUUUUCUAGUUGGAUUUGUUAUUCUGUUCCCUUCUGUCCCCUCUUACACUGCUAAUGUGUCUCCCGGGGGACAGAUGGCUUUCUUUGUCAUCUUUCCACCCCCACAGAGGAGUCAGAGCCAUAACUCAAUCUCCUGGUCCUCUCCAAGGAGAGCUGAAUUAAUAAACAAUAUCCUCAGAAUGUAGAGGAGCUGCUAGCCAUGGUAGCUCGUGCCUGGAAACCCUGCACUCAGGAGGCUGAGUCAGAAUUAGAGGUCAGGGCCAGCCUGGGCUACAGAGUGAGGCCUGGUCAGCUGACGUGGAUUUGCGCCGGAGACUACCUCAGUUGGUAGAGCAAUGGCCUAGUGCGUACAGAGCUCUGGGCUCCGCCGCCGGCAGCACCACAGAAGCCAGGUGUGGCCUAGCACUUGGGAAGCAGUGGCAGAGAGGAUCAGGCAUUCAAGGUCAUCCUCAGUUACAAGGGCAGUUGGAGGCCAGACUAUCUUGGGGAAAAGAUCCGAAGAUGAGGUAGAUGUCUUUGUCUCUACACAAAGCCUUUGGAACCAAGACACAUUCUGGAUGUUCUGUUCCCCUUUAGACCUCCACGCUGGGGAGGUGGGGAUGGACACUGAGGGCUCAAAGCUGUGUUAACUGGCCCCAGGUCCUCAGGGAAAAGCUCACCCUUUCAACCUUUGCACCAAAGGGGAGGUGGCCGGGGAGGGGCCUGCUGGGUCUCUUCCAUCCUACACCAACCUUUGCACAUGAAUGCAAUAGAGUGACACCAGCAGCCAUUCUUUAAAACUAGAACCGGAUUCCCUGACCAUGAAGUUGUGUAGCAUGGGAAGUAUGGUCAUCUUCAUUUAUUGCUUCUGUUUUCCAUCAUUUUUGUUUUGUUAAUAAAACAUCUGUAUUUACUCCCAAUAUCACAAUAAAAUAAAUUAUUCCAUCCGAA